AUGUUUCUGCGGAUUCGUGGCAAGGGCUCUUGCCCAGAGAACUCGCAGGCGUUGGUGAUGCACAUUCGCGGCUUUCGACACACGCACAGCCCGCCGCCCUCAGAUUUCUACUACUCGGUGCUGCUCCUGCCACCGAGCUCGGAGUCCGCGUCGUCGGCCGCGGAUGCAGCAGCGAGCACGGAAACGCUUGCCGCACGACCCACAAAAGUGAUGCAGCCGUUCCGCUUCCCGCUCUUCCCGGUGGGCAUUCAGGCGGCGGCCCUCACGGCGUUGCAGGCGCAGUCUAUCACACAGUCGCCAGCAACGAACUCUGGCGAGGCAAGCGGCGACGCAACAACAGCAGCAGCUGCGCCGCCGCUCUCGCCUAUGGAGACACUCGAUAAAGAGGUGGCCCGCAUGCUGUGGAGAGAGACGUGGAACUUAUACGAUAUUCUUUACGACGAGGUGCCGCUGCUGCCGUGGGUCGAGACGGCCGGCGAUGAGGCGGCGGCGGCCUUGGUGGAGACAGUGGAGCGGGAGCUUCGCGAGCUCGCCUCGUCUGACGCGACGGCGGCAACGGCGACAGCGCUGCACUCGCUGGCGUCGUUGGCGGACAAGAUUGACAACUUCAAGCUCGCCUCAGCUCGCAUGGGCAACCGGCAAGUGGUGGUGUGCCCGCACUACUAUUCCUCUGCCGCCCUGCCGAGGAGUUCCUUUGGCGGCAUGGGGAGGCACUGUGCUUCGGAAUCAGUGGCGCCACAGUCGGCAACGUCGCCCAUGUCGAUGGAGGGGCCUGUGGUGGUUUUAGACCUUGCCGACUUACCGAUUGCGCAAGCCGGCGGCAAGACGAUGGUGAACAUCGCCUGGUACACCGCGUUCGCUGGAAUACAGCCGGACAGUGUGCUGCUCCACUGCCGUGCUGUCGUGGUGCGCCUCCCGUACACGUCGGUUCCGACGUAUAUGCAAGCUUGUGGUCGCUGCGUCUCACCGACCUCGUCUGCAGCGGCGGCGCCGACGAUGGCGGACGCUUUCCGCGAAAUGGUCGAUUUCGUUGGCGAGCACAUGGCCGCUGUUUAUCAAGGGAUGUUGCUGACGUUGCAAGCCACAUCACCUGAGCUGGCAGCGAAGCACACGGCGGCACCACCGGUGGUGGUGGUUGGAAGCACACUGGCGGCGCUCAGCGGCUGCCUCGGCUCUUUGUUUGGCAUCUCUGCUUCACCGAACAUCGAUAAGUCCGAUCCUGUCAAGGUCGUUGUCCUCUAUGGCGACCAUCUCGGCACGGCAGCUGCGGGCAGCACUGACACCAGCGGCGAGCACGAUGCCGCCGAGGCCUGCAGCGCACACAUGUUGGCGCAAUACAAGUCCGUUGCUGAGGCCUACAACUACCCGAUGACCUUCGAGACAGUGCGGGUUCCACUGAAGGCGUUGCUCGACGGCGAGGAAGAGCCGUGGGACGAGUACACACUGCGAGAGAGAGGCCGGCUGAACUUCUGCCCGUGCUGUGGUGACUGCUGUAACGACAACAAAGACCACGCCGACGGGCGCGUCCAUGUUCACGGCCAUGGGGAUGGCUAA